UGGAGUAAAAUCAUCGCAGUGAUAUUGGCAUGUUGUGGCAGUGUUGCGGGUGUGCUAUUUCUGAUAUACCACAAGUAUCUCUUACACAAGGUGGCCGAGUACUCGGAGAUAUGGGCUGAAAUACCAUGGUUGCCCUUUGCGCUGAUGGGUGCGCUCUUCAUUAUCUCAUUCCCACCAGUGAUUGGUUUCAGCUUUGUCAACACCGUCGUGGGUGCGGUUUAUGGAAUCACACUCAAAGGCUGGUUAAUCAUCGUUGCUGGAUCUAUAUCGGGCUCGGUGGCUGCUUUCGUUCUAUUCAGAUACGUCUUGAAAGCCAGAGCAAAGGCCAUAAUCAACCGCAAUAAGAAACUACUUGCGUUAUCUUCAGUGCUGCAAGAUAACAAUAGCUUUUGGCUCUUAGCCUUGAUACGAGUAUGCCCAUUCCCAUACUCCCUGUGUAACGGUGCAUUGGCUGCAAUUCCGGGCGUAACCCUGCUCAAUUACUUCUUGGGAAGUUUCAUAAGCUCCCCAAAACUUGUCAUGUACCUGUUUGUUGGGCAGAAGCUCAAGGAUAUUGGUCAGACAACAAAUACUUGGUCAAUUGUAUUGGAUGUUUUAUCAAUUGUCCUGACAGUUUCGGUAUUAACCUUGACUGGAUGGCUAUUGUUCACAAAGACUGCAAACAGAAUAAAGGAAUUGGAG